AUGUCUUUCGUUGCCAAUUCCACCCUGGCAGCUCCCGAUACCUACUUUGGUAUCUACAACGAGCUGUCCAAGUACAAUGUUCACUUGAACAUCUUUGAGCGUCUCUGGGCAAGUUGGUACGCCUACAUGCAAAAUGAUGUCCUCGCAACCGGAAUCAUGAGUUUCGUCAUGCACGAAGCUGUCUACUUCGGCCGGAGUCUGCCAUGGAUAAUAAUCGAUCGAAUAUCAUACUUCAACAAGUGGAAGCUUCAGGGGCAAAAGAUUCCCACCGUGAAGGAACAGUGGGCCUGCACAAAACUCGUCCUCCUCAGUCAUUUCACUGUUGAAUUACCUCAAAUCUGGCUCUUCCACCCGAUGGCUGUCUCUUGCGGCAUGGAUACUGGCGUGCCGUUCCCUUCCUGGCAAACAAUCUGCAUUCAAAUCGCCAUCUUUUUCGUCUUGGAGGAUACAUGGCAUUACUGGAUGCAUCGUCUCUUUCACUUCGGCUUCUUCUACAAGAACAUCCACAAGAUCCACCACCAAUACUCUGCACCCUUUGGCCUCGCUGCCGAGUACGCCUCUCCUAUCGAAACCAUGGUUCUUGGCGCUGGAACAGUCGUUGUCCCCAUUGUCUUCUGUCUUAUCACUGGCAACUUCCACGUCCUGACAAUGUAUCUCUGGAUCGCAGCACGUCUCUUCCAAGCCAUUGAUGCUCACAGCGGAUACGAUUUCCCAUGGAGCUUGCACCACAUCAUCCCCUUCUGGGCAGGAGCUGAGCACCACGACGUCCACCACGAGCGUUUCAUUGGCAACUAUGCAAGCAGUUUCAGAUGGUGGGAUUAUCUCAUGGAUACUGAGGCUGGCCCAGAGGCUGCAAAGGAGAGACGUGAGCGCAAGCUUGCCAAAGAAGCUAAGAAGGCAAAGAAAGCCCAGUGA